AUGAGCUGGCAACUAUUGGGUAGAAUUAAACUAACCUAUUCUAUGAUGAUAAAAAAUUAAAUUGGAUAAACAAGAGAAGUACUCAAGGAUAUUGAAGGAUUUGAACAUAACUAUAGUUCCCCAAGGGUGGAUUAUAUUGACACUUCUGAAUUACCUCCCGAUAUAGUUUUGAAAUCAGGAGACGAUAUAUUUUCUCAUCAUAUAAUGAUAUUGGGAGAUAUCAAUUAAUUUGUGAGGCAAUCAUUAACCAUGUUUUGCAUGUAGAGUCGUAAAAAUAGUAGUGAGGAUUUCAACGAAGAGUUGAUAUCUCCAAUUAAAAGCAAACUUUGUUUAGAUUUAGCCAUAAAGAGAAUUCAAGAAAAAAAUGGAUUGCACAUAGUCAAGUUUCUUAUGCAUGAUAUGACGAUCUAGAAUUAUGGUCCAAUCAUUAAUGUUUACUUUCUCUAAACUUCCAAUUACAUACUUAUAUUUAAUAUCGAUCAGAAUGACUUUUAAGAUUAGAAGGAACUGGACAUGAUAGAAACUGUCAAGUAGAAGGCUUCGACUGUGAAGAACAUCUACGUUGUGUAUUUCACAGAAUCUGAUGUCUAGAAUCAAAGAAUACCUAACAAAUAUUAUUGCAAUCGAUGGAAUAUAAGUGUGAUUCUUUCAUAAACCAAGUCAUUAAUUAAUGAACAAAUACUUUAUAAUUUAUGUAUUAAUACAUUCCUUUUUAAUUGUUUGUUUUAUCCUUUUAUAUUAAAAUUCAAAAUGCAACCAACAGAUUCCAAGACUUUUAAGCCACUUAAGCAAAUUGAUAAAAACUAGAGAGGAUAUGGUUUAAGAUAAAUUGCCCAAAUGACUCUUGGUUCAGGCAAUAUGUUGUUGGCAGUCGAAUUGCCAAAAGGAGAAGAUUUGAAUGAAUGGUUGGCUGUCAAUACAAUCGAAUUUUAUAAUGAGAUAUCAAUUCUGUAUGGAACACUAGUAGAAUUCUGUACUCCUGAGCUUUGCCCAGUUAUGUCAGCAGGCCCAAAAUAUGAAUAUUUAUGGGCAGAUGGAUAGAACGUCAGAACUCCCCUUAAAGUUUCUGCCUCGGAAUACAUUGACUAUUUAAUGACUUGGGUAGAGAACUAACUUAAUAAUGAUUCCUUGUUUCCAUGUUAAAUUGGAAUUCCAUUUCCUAAUACAUUUUUAUCUGUUGUCAAGGUUAUUUUUAAGAGAUUAUUCAGAGUUUAUGCUCAUAUUUAUCACUCCCAUUUUUAGCAUAUUAUGGCACUUGAAUUGGAAUAUCAUUUGAACACUUGUUUCAAACAUUUCAUUUAUUUCAUAGAUGAGUUCAAAUUAGUUGAGAGUAAAGAACUUGCACCAUUAGCAGAGUUGAUACAACAAUUUAAAGCAAGAAAGGAGAAUCCUACAAUGAAUCAGGGUAUGUGAUAGUUAGUUCACUUAAUUAAUAGUAUAAUUAUAAUUUAUAUUUAUAAUGCGUAAUAAUUUCGAAUG